CUAUCCUGUUUCUGUACCACUUUCCAUCGACAACCAACCAAAGGAAACGGUACGUAGUUGUCUGUUUGAUUUCAGAUGAAAAAUCCCAUCUGAUGGAACAGGAAGGAUAUCAUCCAUAUAUGCGGAAGAAGUAAACAGCGAGCUAUUCAAUACGUCGUAGACGAGAUAUAUUCAUUCUGUGAAUGUAGUGAAGAACCAAUCGAUUCAUGAGUACUACCACCAUCGGGUGACAUUGCAUUAUUUCAUAGAAUACAAGAACGACCCGAUACUGUCGUUCUUAGUUUAUUGACACGAGCCGUUUGAACCUUGGUGCGAACCGAACAGAAAGAAAUYAUGGAUUCCUCAUCAUCAAGUCCUCUGGAGCGACUGAACGAUGCCUCAAGAAGAGCAGUAGAACUUGUGGAUCGAUUUGCACGCACGGAACCGCCACAGCACGAAGAAAGCGACAACCGCAACACGGAUAUUAACGAUAAAAAGAACCCGUGGAAAAAUCCACAAAGCAUCGAGGAGGAGUUGAUCGCCGCGCGGACCUCUCUUGCGGAAGCCUGGAGGGACCUCCAAGCUGAGCACCAGCGGGAACGCCUCUGCCUCAGUGAAAAUCGGAAAGACGACGCCGAACAAAACCACGGCGAGCUCUCGGAGGAAGAAUUCCGAUCCAUGUACAUGGACACAAUCACGGAUGCUUUUGCAGACGUCCUAGAAGAAAUGCAGACAGAAACACAUCAGGGCAGCAGCAACGCUUCCGUUGUCGAUGUGGAAGUUUUGGUUGACUGCCUGCAAUCGGGGAUCGAGUUACUGGAGGACGACCAGCGCUGCAAAAGGUCGUACUUUGAGUCUCUGACGAAGCUAAGCGAAGACGAAGAUGCGAACAUGGAGGAUGAACGGGGCAACGACGACGGACUUUCACUAAACGUCUCGAUUCACGAAAAARAGAAGCGCUCGCUCGGAUGGCUUCCUCUUGUCGAAAGGAGUGCCGUGUAGUAGGAAAAAUAAUGGUUAACAAGGUACACGCAACAUAGGCGUCGUUGGCAAAAAGCAUGCAUUAUUAUCGUCAGAAGAAGAAAUAACCAAGGCAGGAACUGACAUGCAUUCACAGGACUCUCAAUCAUUCUAUUGGAUCCGAACAAAAGUUCAAGGAAUGAAUCAAUGUAAGAUGAAAUGCGUUUUGAUUUUGUUUUUCUUUGGGAGCCUCUCCAUGUGUCUUGGUGAUUUGAGCUCAAUGUCGCAAGGUCGCUGCCGCAUCGUGUAGAAAACCAUUUUUGGGCUUUGAUGACCGCGUAUUGGGAUAGUUGUACAGAGUAUUGCAUUGACAAUUUUUUUGUCAUAAUUCAAAGAAUAAUGCUAUACAAAGAGGACAGGGCCCGAAAUUAUACUGCAUCUUGUCAAAGAUUGUACCACAUCCUGUUUCUAGAGUAGGACCUGCAAUAUUCAUCUAUUAUUGCUCGUUUGAAGAGAUACAAUAUGAGCGUCAUAAUCUGUUGUGUGUCGCUUGUUCUUGCUUAUAAUUUUUUCCCUUCUCGACGAARAGACUAGGUAGUUCUUAGUGAUCAAUCUAUGUGCAAUAUAUGCUUAGCAGGAGA